AUUGAGAUUUGGCUUAAAGUUGACAUCGUGUAUUUAUUAUAUAUCUGGUAAUAUUUUUUGAUUACAAUGAAUCCUCUAACUAACGUGAAAAAUAUAAAUAAGCUGAAUGAGCAAGAAUUACGAGGUAGAAAUAAAACAUCUUGGCACGACCAGUACAAAGACAGUUCUUGGAUAUUUAUUGGUGGCCUGCCAUAUAAUUUAACAGAAGGCGAUAUCAUUGCAGUUUUUUCUCAAUAUGGAGAAGUAGUUAAUAUAAACUUGAUCAGAGACAAAGAUACUGGAAAACAAAAAGGUUAUGGUUUCUUAUGUUACGAAGAUCAGAGGAGCACCAUAUUAGCAGUUGACAAUUUCAAUGGCAUAAAGCUCCUAGGUAGAGUAAUACGAGUGGACCACGUUGCUAAUUACAAAGUACCAAAAGAUUCAAAAAAUAUAGACGAAGAAACAAGAAAUUUACGAAAGGAAGGUUGCGCUCCAAGGAAAAGUUGAAGAUGUAAUAUUAAUAACGAUAAUUUUUUAACCAUUGUUUCAAUAAUUAUAUUAUUAUGAACAGAUUUACAUUUAAACUUAAUGGAAUAUGUUACUAAGAAUUAUUUAUAUAUAUAUAUAUACGACUGCUUUGUUAAGUCUUCAAUGUACAGUUGAAAUUAGAAACAUUACUCAACUUUUAUCUUGUAUUAGUCCUAUCAUACAGUCUUAUUUUCCAAUUUGAUUUUCCUGAAGUCUCAAGUACAGAGAACUAGUCAUUUACGAGCUGUGAAAGAUUAAGAAGCUCUCUGGUCUUUUUGUGAAUAUGUUAACAGAAUAAUAUAUUAAUUAUAAACAGAAUAGACAAACGUGUGCUGA